AUGAACCACUUCGUGGAGGAAUUCCGCCGGAAGCACGUGAAGGACUUGAUGGGGAACAAGCGGGCCCUGCGCAGGCUACGCACGGCCUGUGAGCGCACCAAGCACACCCUAUCCUCCAGCACCCAGGCCACCCUGGAGAUUGACUGCCUGUUCGAGGGCUUGGACUUCUACACGCCCAUCACUCGAGCUCGCUUUGAGGAGCUGUGCUCAGACCUCUUCCGAAGCACUCUGGAGCCCGUGGAUGCCAAGCUGGACAAGGCCCAGAUUCACGACAUCGUCCUGGUGGGCGGCUCCACCCGCAUCCCCAAGGUGCAGAAGCUGCUGCAGGACUUCUUCAGCGGCAGGGAGCUGAACAAGAGCAUCAACCCGGAUGAGGCCGUGGCCUAUGGGGCUGCUGUGCAGGCAGCAGUGCUGAUGAGAGACAAGUGUGAGAAAGUGCAGGAUCUCCUGCUGCUAGAUGUAGCACCCCUGUCCCUGGGGCUGGAGACAGCAGGCGGGGUAAUGACCACACUGAUCCAGAGGAAUGCCACCAUCCCCACGAGGCAGACCCAGACGUUCACCACCUACUCAGACAACCAGCCUGGGGUCCUGAUCCAAGUUUAUGAGGGUGAGAGGGCCAUGACCAGGGACAACAACCUGCUAGGGCGCUUUGAGCUCAGUGGCAUCCCUCCUGCCCCACGGGGAGUCCCUCAGAUUGAGGUGACCUUCGACAUUGAUGCCAAUGGCAUUCUGAAUGUUACAACCAUUGACAGGAGCACAGGCAAGGCUAACAAGAUCACCAUCGCCAAUGACAAAGGCCGACUGAGCAAGGAGGAUGUGGAGAGGAUGGUGCAUGAGGCUGAGCAGUACAAGGCUGAGGAUGAGGCCCAGAGGGACAGGGUGGCUGCCAAAAACUCCCUAGAGGCCUAUGUCUUUCAUGUGAAGAGCUCCUUGCAAGAGGAAGGCCUUAGGGAUAAGAUUCCUGAAGAGGACAGGCGCAGAGCACAAGGCAAGUGUCAGGAAGUCCUCGUCUGGCUGGAGCGCAACCAGCUGGCAGAGAAGGAUGAGUAUGAGCAUCAGAAGAGGGAGCUGGAGCAAAUGUGUUGCCCCAUCUUCUCCAGGCUCUAUGGGGGACCUGACAUUCCUAGAGGCAGCAGCUGUGGGGCUCAAGCCUGCCAGGGAGCGUCCAGUACUGGCCCUGUCAUUGAAGAAGUGGAUUAA